CCCCUUCACCUCCCCCCUCCAGGAUCACUAUCUUUGGGACAGGGGCUAAGUGGCUGGCUGUCCUGGAGGAGAGGAACCUGAGGCCUGCUGACAGUCACAGUCUGCAGUCCCUCCACACCAUCCUGUCCACAGGCUCUCCUCUCAAGCCCCAGAGCUACGACUACGUCUACCACUGCAUCAAGAGUUCCGUGCUGCUGGGAUCCAUCUCAGGAGGGACAGACAUUGUGUCGUGCUUCAUGGGUCAGAACCCCACGGUGCCGGUGUACCGGGGAGAGAUCCAGACCAGGAACCUGGGGAUGGCUGUGGAGGCCUGGGCCUCAGAGGGUAAGCCUGUGUGGGGGGAGAGUGGGGAGCUGGUGUGUGUCAGGCCCCUCCCCUGUCAGCCCACACACUUUUGGAACGACGACAAUGGAAGUAAAUACCACAAGGCCUACUUCUCCUCUUACCCUGGAGUGUGGGCUCAUGGAGACUACUGUAAGAUCAACCCUGUGACUGGAGGCAUCGUCAUGCUGGGGAGGAGUGAUGGAACUCUGAACCCUAAUGGAGUUCGCUUUGGAAGCUCCGAGAUCUACAACAUCGUGGAGGCGUUUGAGGAGGUGUCAGACAGCCUGUGUGUGCCUCAGUAUAACAGUGAUGGGGAGGAGCGUGUGGUUCUGUUCCUGAAGAUGGCUCCUGGCCGCUGCUUCUCUGCAGCGCUGGUCCAGAGCGUCCGUGCUGCCGUCAGGAAGGGGCUGUCAGCCAGACACGUUCCUGCUCUGCUGCUGGAGACCACAGACAUCCCUUACACUGUGAGCGGUAAGAAGGUAGAGGUGGCGGUGAAGCAGGUGAUCGCCGGUCGGGAGGUGACCCAGCGUGGAGCGUUCUCCAACCCAGACUCCCUGGACCUCUACAAGAACCUUCCGGAACUGCAGAACUUCUAAGAAGAACCUCUUCAUCGUCCUCUCCCCCCCUCCUCUACGA